GUUCCUGAGCGCGUGCGUGGGCACCCUCGCCUCUCUCGAUGCCGAAGACGGAGACGGGGAAGCCUACGUCGAAAACGCCCUUCGCUUCGACGACGAAAUAGGCGAAGAAGGAGCCAAGCGCGAGGGGCGUCUCUUCUUCACCGCCGGAUUGGAUAACAACACCCAAGUCAACAUCAAUAUCCAGGCGGUGUUGGUGACCAUUGCUUAUCUCGUGGGCAUCGGGCUGCUCAUCGCCCUCAUCGUCGUGGUGGCGACUGGGGGCGGCUCGGCGUCCUGGGGAUCCUGGUUCGAUAGGAUUAUGCAGAGCCAGGGUUACGUGUACCAGCCUACUUACAACCAGGACUAUUACUAUCCGGACAGUAGCUACGCAGCAUACCGGGCUUUCGAAGAGGUACCACAGAAAUAUGGUAUCUACGAGGAGGAGGAAGAUCAGUCGCAUGAGUGAAAAAAAAUGAGGUUCUUUCGUGAACUGAUUUUGAAAAAGAAUUGGAAAGAAAAGGAAUUUACAACUUCAAUCUGCAUUGUUUGAGUUCAUCAGUGGGGAAACAUAGGUCAUGAUAUUGUGUUUUAAGACUUUCUAUAUUGGAAAAUUAUUUUUGGGAAGAGAAGAUAUAUACAGAGUAGAUAUUAUCGUGGUGAUCAAAUUUAUGUAGUGAUAGAUUAUAAACCAUAAUAUCCUAUUUAAAGAUUAAGAAAGACUCUAUCAGGGUUUUUUUUUUUCAGAAAUGCUUUAUAUACAACACAUAACCUAUGUAAUAAUAAUUUAUUAGUAUCAGAACAUAGAUCGUUAUAAUAAGUUUUAAAGAUUUAGCACCAUUUCUAACUUAUUUUCCUUUUAUUUGAGAUACAACUCCAUUAUAUAUAUAGUAACUACAAACAGUACUUAAAAAAUAGAAUAAAUCA